UAAACUCUGCUGCACUGGACUGGAACACACACACAUUCACGGAGGACUCGGGCGUAUAGUGUACUCACACACUCUCAGUAUCAACAAACAACUGCAACAAUGCGCUCAAAGAAGCAGCAGGCAUCUCCUCCAUCCACCAGGAUGAACCUGCGGAGCUACAGGAGCUCUACAGUUUUGCCCAUGGAAACAUCCUCAUCCUCCUCUUCAGAUGACAGCUGUGACAGCUUCGGCUCUGAUGGGUUCGGGAACUCGAAGAGACCGCAGAGGCAGACAAGAAGCUCCACUCAGAUGGCGAAAGUGUUUAAUGUUCUCCCUGUAACUGAAGAGGAGGACGCCUGCAGCGGGUUCGAGAGUGAACUCAACGAUGAACUGAAAGAAAUGAAAAUGGACUCUGACGCCGAGGCCUGUUCACCGCCCAGGAAAACUCGCAAAUCCUUCACUCUCCGAGUCGCCAUGAAGUUCCCGACUAAACGCACCAGUCCAUCCAAACAAGUGAAGCCUGAGCCUAAACCUAAAGCCCAGUCGAAAGACCCCGAGUCUGACUCUGAGGGAGAAAACUUCAUGCUGAAGAGAGCGCUCAACAUCAAAGAGAACAAAGCCAUGCUUGCUAAACUAAUGGCGGAGCUGGAUAAAGUUCCUGGUCUGUUUCCUGGGAAAGCUGCCCUGACACCAGGCAAUGUGGUUCGUCGUGUUCCCCGCCGCUCUCUGGAGCCCAUUGCCGCCCGCAGGAGGAACCCAGAGCGAACGUCUCGGCCUUACACACGCUCUCGCUCUCUGGUGGACGGACCUCCAUCGCCACCUCCAGAAGAUGAGGAGGAGGACAAAUACAGCCUGGUGCGCAGAAGCAGAGGUUAUGAGGAUGACUACGAGGAAGAGCAGAAAGAGCCCCGCCGGCGCAGUUACAACAGCUCUCUGACCAUUCCUCAUGUGGUCAGGCCUGUGGAGGACAUCACGGAGGCUGAACUGGACAAUAUCUGCAUCAAUGUCAGAGAGAAGGCCUACAACCGGGCCACCGGCUCCACUUGCCAUCAGUGCCGGCAGAAAACCACUGACACCAAGACCAACUGCCGUAACCCGGAGUGUGUGGGGGUCCGCGGGCAGUUCUGUGGGCCUUGCCUGAGGAACCGUUAUGGAGAAGAAGUCCGUGAUGCCCUGCUCAACCCGGAGUGGCUGUGUCCACCAUGUCGAGGCAUCUGUAACUGUAGUUUCUGUCGUGCCAGAGAGGGGCGCUGUGCUACAGGUGUGCUCGUCUACCUGGCCAAGUAUCAUGGAUAUGACAACGUCCACUCUUAUCUCAAAAGUCUAAAGAAGGAACUGGAGGAAAGUGAAUAAAGCCGUUUACUCCAUCCAUAGCUGACGUCAUUCUCGAGUGAUCCAUAAUCUCCAGAGCUUCAGAGACCUGCUGCAGGUUCCGUUAGUGUAGACUGUUAUGAUUGUCUACAUGUUCCUUUAAUUGACAUUGUUUUAAAUGUGUAAUUUUUUUUUAUUCCCUUCUGAAAUUGGAGCGUUUAUCUCUGUACUGUAUUGGUUGAUCUUUGCUGCAAUACUUGUUUUUAAUGUGUUUUUACCGCGUUCUUUUCGGUCAGUGGGUUUGCAGACGCUGUUAUGACGGCGUGUUUUUACUGCUGUAGAAAUGGAAUAAAAUCUUGACUUUUUAA